AUGGCGGCAGUCAUGUUCGAAGAUCUCUCGGGGACAGCAACCCCUGUAUCUAAAAGCGACAAUCCAUAUCAACCAUUACUAGACUCUGCAAACGAUGAUCCACUUCAAAUACAAGCCCGAUACACAACCCACCGCACCACCAGAACAGCGCUGCAAAAGUCCAAGAUUUUGGAUCCGUCCUUUUCUGAAUGGACGGUUGAUCCUAUUCUUGCCAAGCUGGAUGGACCUAAUAAAGAUCCAGCCUUCAAAGACGAAAGGAAUUGUAUCGUCUUUUGGGCUCGACCACCUCAACAUAUCCGUGAUAUGAUCAGAGAUAUUCAAGAAGAGCUACGCAACGUUGCUCCAGAUAUGUGGUUCAUGCCUCUACAAAACCUACACAUCACCGUUUUGGAGGUCAUCUUCUCAGUCACCGAGCCGGAAGUCAAUCAAAUAGUCUCAGCCUUACUCAAGGACGGAGCGGCAGAGAACAUCGCCAAUAUAACGCUACGAUAUCGGCCACGUCUAGUCAAGCCCAUGAUUAGUUAUGACGCAGCUGCUAUGGCACUUAGUUUUGUCCCUGCUGCUGGAGAAGGUAGUAAAUCUGUCGAUGAGGAUAAAUACACAUAUCAUCAUCUGAGAAGAGAUGUGUACGACAAGGUUGUCGCCGCUGGAGUCAAGCCUGCUUCACGAUAUGCGGUUCCAUCGGCACAUCUGACUAUUGGACGAUUCAUAAAUCAGAAUGGAUUUACUCUAGACGGGCCUGAUGGAACGGCCUUUGAUCGUGAAAAGGCGAAGAAAGUGAUUGACAAGGUUGAAGAAAUCAAUGAUCGACUACAGAAGCGAUUCUGGCCGACGGAAGCGGGUGUGCCGAAGGGAGGUGAAUGGACGAUAGGUGAAGAGAAGGGUCUUGAUUUUCGUAAGGGGACGUUGUGGUAUGGUGGUGGAGAGACGGUGGUGCUUGGGAAGGGGCACUGA